AGUGUGUGUAAUUCUUCUCUUUUGUUUCCUGGUUUGUGUUUAAGAAAGCAGACUUAGCCAUCAAGGAACAAUGUUGCAGCAGAUACUAGUAUUGUUGCUAAGCUUAAUUCUAGUAGUUUUGUUUAUAGUUACUGGAAGUCACUUGACAAUAGUAGUUUCUUGUAAAGGUGUCAGGGGUUCAGCAGAACUGUUGCAGAAAAAUGAUGCUAGUGAAGAAGCGGUUCUUGUUAAUAAUGUGCAUACAGCAGCCGUUAGAGAACUGAAGUUGAAAACUGGCUGGAAAAUAGCGGUUGACAAAGUUCAUAGCAGACGUGACAGUUUCUUAAGUCCAACCCAGAGAAGCUCAAGUACUGCUAGAGAAAAGGUUGAAAGCCCAGCAGAGAUUGCAGAUAGGAAACGUGAGCUGAAAGUUGGACGAAGAAGUCUAAUUGUCAAGGAGAAGAAGAAUGAGUCUGGUUUUGUUGCUUACAGUGCAGAUUACGGCAAACCAAGACAUCAUCCACCUAAGAAUAACUGAGAGAAAUGAACUUAUAUAUAGUUAGCUAUGCAGCUUUCAGUUUUGUGUUCUGUACUUUUUUGUCCUUCCGAUGUUUUAAAUGAGAAUAUAAUGCUUGUAAGAUUAGUCUGUCCAUAUGAUCUACUUGAUCAUAGUCACCAGCCUUACAAAAGAUUGCUCAGACUUCAAUUUUGAUAUAAUUCAAGCUUUUGUAAGCCGGGACUGGCAAUAGAUAAGUAAUAAAAAUGUCAAGUACCUAUAAACAUGUGUUAU